AUGUGUGUGAAUGUGAGCGUGUAUCAAUGUAUACGGCUCAAAGUAAAGCGCUGAUCGCUGAUCUGUGACUGUGUGUGUGAGUGUUUGUGAAGUAACAUGGUGCUGAUGAUCGAGCAGACAGUCGGAGUUCAGACUCCGAUAUCAUCGCCUGAAGGAGGAAAAUCCGUCCGAACCGAGAGGAAAGAUCAGCGAUUACAAACCCACUUGGAGACCGAAAAUGUGGAGGAGAAGCAGAAGAAAGGAGGAAAGUCGGGGAACGAUUCUCAGCUGCCUAUCGAAAUGGAGUCAUAUCUGUCAGAGAGUAGAAUAAAAUCCCCCGUCACGAGAUCUAAACCUCCUGACCAACUCUCACCUUUACAAAGUCCGACGGACAGCGAGUCAAAGAUCGAGAGGAAGAAAUCACAAUACAGCCAGUUCUCCAAAGGGAACGCACAGUAUCAUAAGCUUUUCAAAGAAAUAAGCCAAGAUGAAAUCCUUCAACAAAGUUACACUUGCGCCCUACAGAAGGACAUUCUUUAUCAGGGGAGGCUUUUUGUCUCUGAUAACUGGAUUUGUUUCCAUUCCAAAGUGUUUGGCAGAGAUACCAAGAUCGUCAUCCCUGUUUUGUCUGUUACAUUUAUAAAGAAGACAAAAACUGCCCUAUUGGUGCCAAAUGCGCUCGUUAUCACAACUGCAACUGAGAGGCAUGUAUUUGUGUCAUUCCUGUCCCGGGACACCACAUACAAGUUUCUACUUUCAGUCUGUGCUCAUUUACAUAGAGAGAAUGCAGGCAGCACACCUAUCACAUCAUCAGCAGAGAACAGCUUUCGAGGGGACUGCCCUUCAUCGCUUCCUCUGGACUUUUCAGCUGAUUUCUCAGAUCUGGACAGGGUUGUGCGUCAGAGAAGGCAGGACAUGCUGGAAAGCAGCAGCUCAGGCUCCCAAACUCCAGACUAUGAAAAGAUGACCGAGUUCCCUCCGCUCACAGAGAACUUCAUGGAUGCGAUGAAGAGCGGAGAGAUGGCCGUCCACGCCGAUAUUCACAUGCAGACCGCCGGCACAAAACAUCACAACGGUUCGGCUAAAGCAGUAUCAGAUGCCAGUCAGCAGGAGCGAUCGCUCCAUCCGUCUCUCAACACUCUUCUCCUCAUCUAUCUGUUCUUGGUGUGUGUCCUCGUCUUGUCCUCGUGCUACAUGGCUUUUAAGAUCCUGGCCCUCGAGCAGCGCCUGAACUCUUUCGGCUCCAUGGGAGAAAAUUCGCUCGAAAAUGCAAUUUUUCAUCGAUCCCAAGCAGCAGCCAAUGCCGAGAUCUACGGAGAGCUGUCCUCAAACCUGUUCAAAUUAGAAAAAAUUCAGAAAAACCUCCGAAAGUUGCUGGAAGGGAGAUGACGGAAGCUACGCCUUCGUUAAAGUAGCAUCCAUCCAGAACAAGCGGAUUCUUAACUGUGCAAUAGCAACACGCUCUUUCUCUCUACUCAGGGCCGUACAACGUUUUUACCUGAAUCAAAGGCAUUUCAUCUGAGGGAGAAAGAGAACAAGCUUUAUGUUUUAGUACUGUAGAAGAAUUAAUAAGCUUCAGGCUAGUGAGAGAAUGUUUAAAUGAGUCCCAAGGACUCGGCUUCUUGUACGUUUCUAACAUUUCAGGGAAAGAAAAGAAAUGAGUAAAUUCUGCUCUGAAAAAAAAUAAUUGUUAUAUCUUAGAAUUGUCAAUAAAAUAUUUAUAGUGUGA